AUGGAAAAUAUAAAAAAAAGACUGAGGGAGAGGAAGACCAAGGGGGGAAAAACCAAUGGGGGGAAGACUCCCCCCACUCUGAGUGGACGGACCCAAACGAACAGGUGUGCAAUCGUGAGGAAGGCAAGCAAGCCAUCGGAGAGGAGAAGAGGAAGAGGAAACAUAAGAGAGCUAAUCAGUUUGGAAAAAAAAAUCAUCGUAACAAGAACGCUGAUGCAUAAGAAGAAGUCGAGGCUGGACGAUCUGUACAGCUACACGAGUGGGCGGGAGAAGGUUAUAAAAGAUUUGAACCUGAGCCUGGACAAGGAGGAGGCCUUUUUGCAGGAGUCCCUGGUGGACAGGUUCAAGCGCACCGAGGAGCUCAUCCGGAAAUUUGCCGAAGUCCGGGCGCGGAAAAAGAAGAAGAAGAAACAAGUGCAGCUGCUGAACAUCGAGAUGAGCAAGCUGGAGGUGGAGUUCGAGAGGAAGGAGGAGAAGAUAAAGGAGCUGGACAAGUACAAGAGCUUCCUGAGCAAGCUGGCCAGCACGGAGGGGGGCGCGACAGAAGUGAGCGAAGCGGUGGGAGCGAUAGAAGCGGCUGACGUGGUGAACGUGGCGGACGUGGGGGAGGCACCUUCCAGUGCCGCCCUGGGCGACGCGACUCGCUUCUCCCAGAAGAUGGCCAAAUACACAAACAACUCGCAGCUCCUCAUAGACAAUUUCAACCUGCUGGAGGAGGAGCACCUGCAGCUGAUCGACGAUACGCAAAACGCAGAGUACGAACUGGAGGAGUAUGAAAAAAGGCUGGAGGAUAAGAAAAAAGAAUUUUUAAUAAAAUGCAAUGACAUUAAGAAAAAAAUAAGUCAAAUGGAAGAGCACAUUAAAGAGCACGUAGAACAAACUGGCGAAUAUGAGCAUGCCAUUAAAAACAACCACAGCCAAAUAUCCUUCGAAAAUAUCAGCAGCAAAAUUGAUUUCAUCUGCACGCACUUUAACUACGACGUGAAUACCAACGAGGUUAUGAAGAAGCUGCAGAUAAUGGAGAAUAACAUGUACGCAUACAUCUCCACGCUGACCAAGUACACGGAGGAAAACAGCCAGCUCGUGUACGAGUACCAGCGGGAGCGCGAGCAGGAGAGGCGAAAGCAAAUGCGGUUCGAAAUUAACCUCGACAGGAAGGGGAACAACCAAAGCAAGCAGAUUAAAAGCGCGAAGACUGCGAACAAGAAUUUCGGGGCCAACCAGGAGAAAAAGGAGAAGCGGGAAAAGCGGGAAAACAUCUACACGCUGUUCGAAAAGGACCUCUUCAAGUGA